GAAAUGAUAAAAGGAAAAACCAUAUCCACUUUGGCAACAUGAUAAUAUCAUCAUCAGUGGCAGUGAAAUAAGUUGUUCAAUCUUGAAGCUGAGAGUGAGACAGAAACGAGUGGCUGCAGUUAUGAGUUCCAUAGGCCAAAGCAUAUUGAUGGCAUUCACUGUCACCAUGAACAAAUACGCUUCUUCAAAUAUUCAAGCAGUUCAUAGAAAUAACACCAACAAUUCACAAACCACCACUACUCCUACUCAUCACCACAUCAUUCAUGGAAGAAGAGGUCUUCUCUUAUCCACUGUUGUUGCUGCUCUUCAAGUCACAGACUCCAAAACUCAACUUCUUCAAAAGUAUUUAAAGAAGAGUGAGGAAAACAAAGCCAAAAAUGACAAGGAGAGAAUGGAUAGUUAUUACAAACGCAAUUACAAAGAUUACUUUGAGUUAGUUGAAGGAACUAUGAGAGGGAAAGAUGGGGAAAUUUCAGAAGCUGAGAAGGGAAUUCUUGAAUGGCUUCAAAAAAAUAAGUGAAAACCACAACUCCACAGCUCCAACGAGAACAAAUAUUACCUCUUUUUUUCUUUUUUGGGUAUGCUUAAUUUGUUAAUACAACUUCUUGAUUAUUUUUUAUCUGAAAGAGCUGAAAUAUAUAUAGCCUGCUAAAAUAGAAGGGUCUUAAUUUGGAAAA